AGGAUCAGUUGCUUAAAUUUGAUUUGUAGAGUUAGAACAAUAACAGAUUGGGGGAAAAAAGAUCAACGAAACAACACGGAAAUAUCUAGCAAAAAGUGAACAAAAUAUUUCAAUCUGGUUUGUAGACUAAAAAGGAUUGAAACAAUACACGGAACUCUGAUAAAAGUGGACCAAAUACUUAAGUCUGGUUUGUAGACUUAGGAACAAAGAUAAGUAUGAAUGAUCCAGGAGUUUCUAUUAUUCCGCCCAAAAAGAUCAUUCUUCCACAGAGAGUGCCCAGACUGUCGAUCUCCCAGAGACUGAAACUGGUUUUCAGCUGUAAAAAACACGACCCUGAUGCCAACAGAAAAGCAAUAGUCGAGAGGGACGGAAACUACCGAAUUCUCAUGACGGGUCUCAGCGAUGUGCAGCGAAGGUAUCUCUCCGAUUUGUACAUCACCCUUAUUGACGCCCAGUGGAGGUACGUGAUUCUCAUUCUGUUCGGCACGUUCGGAAUCACCUAUCUGGUGUUCGGCUUCUUCUGGUGGUUCAUGGCGUACAACAACAAUGACUUCGAAAACCUGGGCAACAAGAACCACACGUUCUGCCUGAUCGGGAUAAACAAUUUCGCCAUGUCCAUCAUGUUUUCCAUCGAGACGCAGACGUCGGUCGGGUACGGGUACGCGUGGCCCAACGCCCACUGCUUUGGCACGAUUCCGAUCAUGUACAUUCAGAUAGUGCUCGGCUUUUUCCUGGAGACCGUUUUGCUUGGAUUCAUCUUCAUGAAAAUCUCCAGACCGAAGUAUCGAUCUAAAACUCUGAUAUGGUCUCGUUACGCGGUCGUCUGCCAGGAGAACGGGGAGCUGUGUCUCCAGGUCAGACUGGGCGAUAUCAGACAAACACAUCUUGUUGCGGCUCACAUCACGGGGAUGCUGAUUCACAGACACACGACGAAGGAAGGCGCCAUAUACCCGAUGUAUCAGAGCCAAAUAGACUUUGAAUCCAAUGGUAUGGGGAGCAAGAUGUUCAUGCUUUGGCCAAUCGUUCUCACUCAUAAAAUUACAAAAGACAGUCCCUUGUGGGAAAUAAAGCCAAAGGAAAGGACCAGAAUGAAAUACCAGCUGAUUGUGUUUGUGGAAGGAAUUUUAGAAGCCACUGGAGAAGUAUGCCAAGCCAGAACGGCCUUCACCCCGGACGAAAUCCUUUGGGGUCGUAGAUUUGAAUGCAUAGAGAGAUUCGAUCCCAACAGAAAGCGCUGGCAAGUCGACUUUUCGAAAUUCAACAGCGUCAGACACUGCCAGGACAUACGCCACAGCGCGAAAGAGUUUUCGCUUUAUUUCGACAACAAAUCCAGGAGGCAUGAUGAUGAACAGAAAUUCACAAUCCGACUACACUCUCCAGAAAACAUCAGUUUUAACGAAAGACGUGUAUCCUGGUCCUUAUUCGAAAAAAGAGAAAGCACGGCGAGUAAGGACGGCUUUGAGAUCAUUGACAAAGGAGCAUCAACAUCAGACGUGAAGGAUGCAAGAAUCCCGGAACGGGAAACAGUCUUUUCUAAGAUAACUACGACUGAGGAUGAUGGAAGGAAAGAAGAAACGACUGCGACAGAACCACCAACGAAGUCUGAACGAGGAAAAAGAGGGAAAAAGUCAGAGGGACUGAAAUCAAAGAGUGGCAAAAGAAAACCGUUACCACUAGAGAGAGAAGACGUUUUCUAAUGGAAAUCACGUUUGACAUGCUGUACUUUUGGUACCUGCUGAAGAUGACGAAAAUCUCUUGUAGCUCCAGCUACGUGACUAAAAUGUCAGAACACUAAUAAUUAUUUAUAAUGUGAAUGUCGUUUUAUGUUUGACAUUUUAAAUAUGUGUUAUUAACGUAUAAAAAAAUAAAACUUGUAAACUG